GCCUGUUGGGUGCUGUCCUCUUGCAAAGGUGCGGAUUAACAGUGGUCGGCAGGUUUAAUUUCACAGGAGGUCAUCAUCUACAUCAGCGAUGAAAUCUAGUCUGUUCUUUGCUAUUUUGCUAAGCUGCCGUCUCGCUGAAAUGUCAAGCCAGGCCACUGAGUGUGAAAUGGGUAAGGAAAACUGUAAUGCAGAUUCAAGUGGCUGCACAGGAGCAUCGGAUUUACUUAAGGAUUUCUGCAAUAUGACAGCAGAACCAGAAGACGAUGUCAAACUUCUAUGGGAAUCAAGUGCUCUUGCCAAAUUUGAGCAUGGAGGUUCCAGAUCAUGUUUGGAAAUGACGAUGUUCUGUAUCCAGGAUGAAAUAUGUAACCGGCUGCUGGUGCCUCAAAUAAAAGCAUGCUCUGAAAAUCACAAUAAGUGCAAUGCUACUCAGUGUCAGAGAGCAGUACAGAAGUUUUAUGACAAUCUACCACCAAAGGUUGCAGGAAUGCUGGUCUUUUGUGAUUGCGGUCCUUCAGAUGAGCCUUGUCAACAAGUACAGGGCAUUCUUCAUGCUCGGUUAUGCUCAGGAGACAGAGAUCUACCCCCAACAUGUCUUGAAGUGAUAGACAAAUGCAUGGAAGAUACAUUCUGCAGGGAGAGAUAUGAACUACUCCAGUCAAAGUGCUGGGGAGAUGAAAAAGGAUUAUGUCAAGAUUAUGAUAAUGAUAAAGACUGUUUAUUAACUCCGGCUGAAGAGAGCACGACAUGUAUGAGAUAUCAUGAAUGUAGAGCGGCUUACAUUGGCACAAGGGGAACCUUCCUUCAAGUUCCUUGCAUAUGCAAUGGUUUGCAAAAUACAGAACAAUCGACGUGCAAACAGUUCCAAAACAUGCUUCGCCGCAGGUCCUGCUCCACACAUGUUUCCACAUCUACAAGUGAAAAUAUUCCAUUGCCCAGUGAUACUCUCGAGACGGCAUUCACAACAACAGGAUUGUAUUCAUUAUUUAAUGGUACUUUGAUCUGCAUUAUUGCCUACAUCAUAGUUAUAAUAAUGGUGGCUGGUGUUAUCAUGUUGAUUUUGCACAAAACAAGAGUCUGUAGAACAUCUGACAGAAGCAAGUAUAUUCCACCUGUUGACACAAACGAUUGUCCUGCAGUAUACUGAAGUAAUUGUUGAUUUGACAUAUGUUGACUAGUAAUUUUGUGUUAUGCAUUGGGUGUCAAUAUUUUAUUAUUCAUUAAUAACUGUAUUUUAAAUAUUGAAGCAUUAUUUAAAUAUCUGUCUCAGGAAUGUGAAAUACAGUGCCAGCAGGGCUGCUUUUAAAUAAACACUGAAUGAUUACUAUGCUUUUGUUUAAACAUUUCUAACUACAUGCGGUUAAUGUACUUGUAUUUUGUAAUGUAUCUGCAAUUGUCAAUAAAAAAUAAUA